AUGGUUUUGGCCACUCAAUCGAAACCUAUCCGGAAACAUGCCAGAAAUCUGUGUUUUCUAAUUACGUGUGCCAUUGGAAUUAAUGUAUUAUGGAACAACGUAUCUUAUCGAUAUAUUUCUGCAAGAAUUGUCGCUAUGUCCACAUUCAAGGUCAGCAGACGGGAUUUCCGACCACUUGGUACAACACUACCUUCUGUUCUGAGAUCAAAACACAGUUCUAAGCCUACACAGUUUCGAAUUCAACAGAUCGCCGACGAGGGAAAUGUCUCGAACGUUUAUCCUGAACUGUUGAGAACUCCGAUAAAAAGGAUAAUGACGAGAUAUAAUCAUAGCAAAUUAGAGCAACAAAAAGUAUAUCAGAAAUCUAACAAGACCAAAUUAGAGCAACAAAAAAUAUAUCAGAAGUCUAAUAAUAGCAAAAUAGAAGAACAAAAAGUCUGUCGAAAUGAGACAUCUCCACAAUGUCAGGAAUUCAAGAGAAGACGGCGUUCUGAAAUGUAUGAUGAAAUAUUGGAAUACUAUCGAAUUCGAGAAAACGAAACAAAGGACAGUUUCGUUAAUUUACACAGAUACGGCUAUCACCUGGACUCAAACGCCUGCAGUCGGCGACCUGAUGUGGUCAUCCUUGUACACAGCAAGUUUGAUCACUUUGGCAAGAGAAAACAGAUUCGCAACACAUACGCGGCGAACAGAACAGUCCAGGGCAUUAACUUCGCAACUGUCUUCUUUCUGGGAGAACCAAGUAUCCAAGAAAUGAAACCUGACAUAUGGAGAAGCAAGCGAACCAAGCAAGAAGAAACUGAAAGGCAGGAGGGGCUGCCUGGCAAUCUGGAUGAGAUCAGGAAAGAAAUUUACACGGAAUCUGCAACCUUUGGGGACAUUGUUAUGGGGAAUUUUACUGACAGUUACAGAAAUCUGACGAUCAAACACAUUAUGGCCCUCAACUGGGCCCUGUCCCACUGCCCACAUGUGGUGUACAUCGCCAAGGCGGACGACGAUGUUAUAGUUAACCCGUUUAGUCUAGCCAAGUACCUCACGGGCACACACUGCAAUCGUUCGGGCCUUCUCACGUGCAUUGUGCCUAAACUACGGGCACCCAUGCGAUCCAAGCGCAUGAAGUGGUUUCUUAGCAAGACUGAGUACCCCUUCACUCUAUACCCAGUAUGGUGUUUAGGCCUGGGAGAGUUGAUGACGCGGGAUGUGGCUGAAACGCUUCUCAAGAUGUCCCGUGAUGUGAGAACCUUCUGGAUCGAUGACGUGUAUGUGACAGGUUUCCUCAGGCACAAAGCUGGACUUUCACUAAUUGACAUGACCAGGAUCACAGGCAAAGAUCCAACCUUCUUUACUCUUCCUGAUUAUCUCAGAAACCAAACUUUCCUGGCAAAGUGGAAACAAAUGAUAACAAAAUAA